GCGCAAGAGCCCGGCAGCGCGGGUGACGCGUUUUGCGCAUUUCCUGCAGCUCGCGCUCACUCACGGAUUCAAGAGAGAGGGGACGGGAAACUGGGGGCGCGCAAGGACCGAAAUCUGAGAAAACGAACGGCAGCUGAGCACCGUCAUGUAUUUGUGGUUCUGGUGAGCUCAUAAAAGACUGCACUGAGGACGCAAACCAAGGCACUGCUUUCCGACAGAACGCGCAAAUAUCGCGGUACCGUCAGGUCGAAGCAAGGAGAUUAUCCCAGAAAAGAGUGAGCGAGCCGCUGGAAACAGAGCACCAAUCCCGGAUGGCUAGGCGCGGCUGCUCGCGCUCUCUCCCACCCUGACCUGGGAGAGACACACAAGGACCGUGGGGAGGCUCCGAAGCUUCACGUGAACCCACCCGGAGCCGUGUAACCUGCACUCCCUCCCUGGGUGUUUAUAUCCCGGCUUGUUUCCGUCGAAACGGGAAUCUUGUCUGGCGCACAGGACCGACCAUAAACAAACCAGGCUCGGGUGGGAGAGUGUUCAGCAGACGACCUCUGCAGGGUGUGAGUCUGCGUUAUUGCUGCGUGUUUCAUCCCAUUAAAGACCCAUCAGCUGUGCAGUUAGUGAGUGUGCGCGCGUAUGUGUGGAAAACACAUUGUCCUGAUAUGGCUGUACUAGACUGAGAGUCCAAGGAGUCAUCGGCAUUAUGGGAUAUAGCAGGACUGUGCAGUGACCCCUCUCACUGGGAGGAAACACUCUGUGUACAGGAGCAGGAACAGGCAGACUAGUCUAAACACACACACAUCCUCAUCCUUUUUGACACACACACAUUCUAGGAGCCUGCAGCCAUGCCUGUGUUCAGUGGCCUGUUGAAGGUGCGAGUGUGUGAGGCAGUGGACCUGAAGCCCACCCCAUGGGCCCUGCGUCAUGCUGUAGGUAAGAGCGGCUCUUUCCUUCUGGAUCCCUACCUGGCCCUGAACCUGGACCAGACCCGGCUGGGCCAGACUGCCACAAGGACCAAGACCAACAGCCCUGCCUGGCACCAGGAGUUCUGCACUGAGGUCCGUGAGGGAAGGAGCCUGGAGCUAUCUGUUUUCCAUGAUGCGCCCAUCGGAUAUGAUGACUUUGUGGCCAACUGCACCAUCCAGCUGGAGGACCUGCUGCAGAACGGAACCAGACACUAUGAAGACUGGAUUGACUUGGAGCCAGAGGGGAAGGUGUACGUGGUCAUCGAUCUGUCCGGAUCCUCCACCGAGGCCUCUGGAAACGAGAAUGAGGAGCGAGUGUUUCGAGAGAGGAUCGGUCCUCGGCGGCGACAGGGCGCCGUCCGGAGACGUGUCCAUCAAGUCAAUGGGCACAAGUUCAUGGCCACCUACCUGAGACAACCAACCUACUGCUCACAUUGUAGAGAUUUUAUCUGGGGCGUGCUGGGGAAGCAGGGAUACCAAUGUCAGGUGUGUACGUGUGUCGUCCACAAGCGCUGUCAUGAGCUCAUCAUCACCAAGUGUGCCGGGAUGAAGAAACAGGAGGACACACCUGAGGAGGUGGGUUCACAGCGCUUCAGUGUAAACAUGCCCCACAAGUUCAGUAUCCACAACUACAAGGUGCCCACCUUCUGUGACCACUGUGGCUCCCUGCUGUGGGGCCUCAUGAGGCAGGGCCUGCAAUGCAAAGUGUGUAAGAUGAAUGUACACAGGCGGUGUGAGACUAAUGUAGCUCCUAACUGCGGUGUGGAUGCCCGAGGAAUCGCAAAGGUCCUGUCUGACCUGGGGGUCACACCUGAUAAGAUUUCUAACACAGCACAACGCCGGAGGAAGUUGACUCCGGGGCAGGACCCUCCCCAGUCUCCUCCUGAGCUCUCCCAGACUGAGGAGAACAGCUUCAGCCAGCCAGCUGUUCCCACCUCGCCCUCACAGCAGGACUUGGCAGAGUUAGAUCGCCUGCAGGACACGCUGUCACUCGACCAGCAGGGACCCCAGGACUCCUUCUCCUCCUCUUCCUCCUCCUCCACCACCUCCUCGUCCUCUUCCACGACCGGCAGGGAGAACGGACAGAGCCAGAGGAGGAGUCUCAAGGACUUUAACUUUAUCAAGGUUCUUGGCAAAGGCAGCUUUGGCAAGGUGAUGCUGGCAGAGCUGAAGGGAACGGAGGAGGUUUACGCCGUCAAAGUAUUGAAGAAAGAUGUGAUCCUGCAGGACGAUGACGUGGACUGCACCAUGACCGAGAAGCGAAUCCUGGCCCUUGCCCGACGACACCCCUACCUCACCCAGCUUUACUGCUGCUUUCAGACACGGGACCGUUUGUUUUUUGUAAUGGAAUAUGUGAAUGGUGGAGACCUGAUGUUUCAGAUUCAGAGAUCCAGGAAGUUCGAUGAACCUCGCUCUCGUUUUUACGCUGCCGAAGUCACCUCAGCCCUCAUGUUCCUGCACCGUAAUGGAGUCAUCUACAGGGAUUUGAAGCUGGACAACAUCCUGCUGGAUGCAGAGGGACACUGUAAACUGGCAGAUUUUGGCAUGUGCAAAGAGGGCAUCAUGAACAGUGUGACCACCACCACCUUCUGUGGCACACCUGACUACAUUGCCCCUGAGAUCCUGCAGGAGCAGGAGUACGGAGCCUCUGUGGACUGGUGGGCCCUGGGGGUGCUGAUGUAUGAGAUGAUGGCCGGACAGCCUCCGUUUGAAGCUGAUAAUGAAGACGACUUGUUCGAGUCGAUUCUCCAUGACGAUGUGCUCUACCCUUUCAUGACCAAGAACCCUGCCAAACGUCUGGGCUGCGUGCUGAGCCAAGGCUGCGAGGAGGCCAUCAAGACCCAUCCCUUCUUCAGAGAGAUCGACUGGGUCCUGCUGGAGCAGAGGAAAGUCAAACCACCUUUUAAACCCCGAAUCAAGACCAAGCGAGAUGUGAAUAACUUUGACCAGGACUUCACUAAGGAGGACCCCGUGUUGACGCCAACAGAUGAGGCCAUCAUCCGACAGAUCAACCAGGAGGAGUUCAAAGACUUCUCCUACUGCGCCCCAGAGGAGAUGCAGACCUAA